UAAUUGAACGAAAGUGCUCACGCGGGGGAUCGCCGCCACUUGACGAAGGUGAUUUGGAGGGCGCGAAAGUCAACUCGACAGUCAGCCGUGGUGCUCCAAAGGGCGUAACGGGUGUAAACAAAAGGUUUCGCUGGUGAUGAUUGUGAGGUUUUUGGCGAAUGCGAGGAGGAACAAGUGAUUUUGCGGGUUGAAUUUUAGUGAUUAACUUUCGUGAAUGUGGUGAUUUGUGUCUGGAUGUGUAGAUUUUCGAACGUGGAGAGAUUGACGGAUUGAGGUUUUUUGAAUUUCGGUGGUGAUUUGCUCGUUUGGCCCUUUGGAAAAUAGAACCGUUAUUUUACGUAACCAAAUCGAUAGAUGAAUGACGUCACAUCUGUCAAAGUUUGUUCCACGGCCUAAAUUUUUUCCUCUUUAUUCCGCGAUGAGUAGUUUGUCGUAAAGCGAAAGAAGUAACAAUUUCGGAACGAAAUAUCGCGAAAACAAGCGUGAAUUAGUAAUUUCUGGUGUCGAAAAAACGAUCCGCGAGCGGAGAACAAUAGGAACAGUGUGGGGGAAGAGUCGGAUCGAGCCGAUUUAGGAAAAGUGUCCACGACGACGUCUGGCUGCGCUAGAGCUGUGACAUUUUUGUGCAGCUAUAACCUAUAUUUUUCUGCUUGCUGGCUGAGCUUCGAACGAAGUUUUGAUUUUCUCCUGGCGAUUGGCGACGACGACGACCAUCAUCAUCAUCAUCACCAACCAUCACCACCGACCGACCAGCAACCAGCAAUCAACCCAGGCAGUCAAAUCUCAAAGUGCAGCACACUGAUAGAUGUGGUGCGUGUACAAAUUGGAAGUGAAUUUCCUGUAAUUGAUGAAUCAAUGCGCAAUGUAGACAUGGAACCAACGACAAAGUGCUAAAAACAAAACGGCAACGGCAGCAAAGAAUGCUUCUUUUGGUGUGACGUCAAAUAUCCCGAGACCGUCGUAAAAAUGCAGAGUGGAGGAGGACCGAUGCAGCCGGGUCCGUCCGUAAUGCGAGGACUAACGUCGGGAACUCCGACCUCUUCACAGCAGCAGUCCGAUAUGCAAAAGAUGCAGUCGCAACCUUCCUUGAUGAGUCAACAGUACCAGCCGCAGAGUAUGUUCCGAGGCGCUGGUGCUAACCAGAAUACGCGCCCGCCGCGUGCCGCCAUGGUACAAGGGUAUGGUACACCACCGUUUCUACCUCUUUACCAAUUUCCGGGAUUCCCACCGCGGAUGGGUCAAUGGAAUUAUGGCUCGAUACCAACAAUGCCCUUCGCGCAGCAGUACUUUGCACAGCCGCAGCAUAUAAUUCCCAGUCAGCAUCAACAGAGCCGACGCAAUCCGGGCGGCGAAAACAAUCUUGUGAAUGUAAAUAGCAACUAUUCCGGAACUCCUUCGAACGGAAGCACUAAUCAGCUUAAUCCGCUAACGACUAUUCCGCAGAUGUCGCAGGUUCAGAUGUCCCAAGCGCAACCGAAUCAACAGUCGUCCCCGAUGGGCGUAUCGCAUGACCUUCUCGUGAUGCAGCAAAUGCAUCCUCAGCCGACACCCCAGCAUUCCGGUCCACAACCGGGAUUACCACCGGGUGCCCCUGGGCAAGCGCCGAUGGAUCAGCAUCAGCCAAAUCCCGCUCAAGUCAAUGUCGGAGCACCGCAGCCUCAUCACACGUUGAUGCCCCAAUUGCAGCUUGCUCCUCAUCUGCCAGCCCCACCACAGGCAGCUCCGGCAGCAAAGGUUAACAAAAAGAGACAACGUGGUGCCCGAGCAAUUGCAAUCAUCAAUCCGGAUACCCUCGAAGAUGUUCUAGACAAGUAUUAUGACAAUGAUUCAACAGCAGCGGCGGCAACGUCCUCAGCGACGUCCUCAGUAACGACAAGCGGGCCACCUCCGUCACUAUCGUCCGGACCAGCUGGGGUCGGAAGUUCAGCGCCUCCGCCACCAUCAGCCAACUACAGCACGAUUCCUCCAAAUGUACCCCAAGUUCCACUAAAUCCUCCAGUCGUAGAAUCCGAUUAUGAUAAUUAUCCGCCUCAUCCUCACCAGGGAACUCCGGAACUACCACCGGGUGGCAUGUUGCUGCACCAUCAAGGGCCACCCCACAUGCAUCAUCCCCCCACAAAUCAUCCUCCGCAGCCGCCAGCCCAUGUUCAUGCCGUUCCCAAUCCAAUGUACGAAAUUGGACGAACGCCGACCGGUGCCCAGCAGCCCCAUGAACUGGUCUACCCUGGUCAACUGAAGACCGGUAAUCCUCCACCACAUCUUCCUCCACCAUCACUUCACCAUGGAGUGGUACCAAUUGUUCCAACCGCAGCGGAAAUGACCACGGCAAGCGGAACGCCGGUAGUUUCUGCCAACGCCAAUGCGCCUUCGGUAGAAAUCAAACCCUACCAGCAGCAAAAGAAGAAAAAGCCGGUCAGCGAACCGCCACAGCAGAUGCUUCUUCAGCAGCCACCACCUCCGGUUCAGCAUCCCAUCCAUCAUCAGCAUCCUCUUCCAGCGAACAUUAGCCAACCACCCCCCACAGCCGAUACGAUGCCCAUUCCUUAUGCUGCUGCUGCUGCUGGCCCGGAACGAUACCGUACAUUCUCAGAGAAAUCGAUUGCCGAGUCGACCCUGUCGACCGAUGCGGAACCAUUCGUUUACACUGGUCCCACCAGCAUUGGUAGCAACAAUCACCAACUGCAUCAACACCAGCCGCAGCCACGGGUAGAAGAAAUGCCUCCUCAACUGGUAGGACCUCCCCCGAUGGUAGUGCCCCCUAUGGUAAUGCCGGAGCAGCAACAACCACAGGAGAUCCCAGUUUCGCUCAACAAAACACCGGAAGUGGUGGUGGUGGAGGAAUCGAAGCGAACAGCAGCAACAGUGGCAGUAGACACAUUAGUUGCCAGCGUGGAGAAGCUUAGCGUGGAAGAAGAUCAUCCGGUGGAAGCCGCAGUCGCCGGAGGUCACCACAACAAUAACAAUAGGAAAAAUAAACAGCAUAAGAAGCGACCGGAGGAUGGAUCGUCGGCUGCUAGUGAGACUAGCAACAAAGAAACAGGCAGUAGCAAAGCUCCUGCUACGGCAACGGUGGUAGUGGUGGAUCAGCAGAAACCGGAAUCAGUUGACGAAACCGAUCGGUCUGCUGUUGUUGUCUCACUGAAGGAACCUCAUCAACAGCAGUCGUCAUCAUCGUCGUUAAUUAGUAAUUUAGUGGAUCAUAAUAAUAGUAAGUUAGAUAAUGAUAAUAUUAAUAAUAAUGUGGAUUGCACCAGUACUACGAUUAUAACAACCGAUAAUACAACAACUACUACGACAGAUAACAACACCGUCGCAUCCAAGUCGCCGAUGGAAAACAAACAGCAGCCUACUCCGCCGAAGGUGGUGGACGUGGAAAACAACGUUGAAUCGCAGCAACCCGAAUUCAACGCCAACAAAAACGUAGUGGUGGUGGUAGAAAGCGCAGCUGUGGCACCGCCUACUGUGGUGCCCUCCAAGGAAUCUACUCCAGCCCCAGUUUCAGCAGCUCCGCCAUCAGCUGCAAAAGAACCAUCGCCUCCGGCACCUCCCACGACGGCCACUCUCAAAGCUCCAGCAGCUCCAACGCCGGCAGUGGCUCCCAUCAAAAAAUCCCGCUCCCUCACACUCAUUGAGUACGAUCCGGACCAGUGGAGCCCGGAUAAUCCGACCGGAAAGAAGAAGUAUUCCCGCGAUCAGCUGAUGCAGCUGCAGAAUGCACCACCAGCCAAGGAAAAGCCCCUGAACUUGCCCAAUUGUCUGGAACGAUCCAGCCACGGCGGAGGCGGCCACUCGAUGGGUGGCGGCAACCACUACAACAAGGGCAACUUUGCGGAAAUAUCGAUUAUGCCGACCUUCAUGAGAGGAAUGGUCGGCGGCGGUGGUAACAUGAACCAAAUGCGCCAACCCUACCCCCCGAAACGGCCGUCCCAACAGGGCAAUCAGGGCCAAUCCGGCUCGCAAUCGAACAAACAGUCCCAGCAAGGUAUGAGCAAAACCGGCUCCAAAAUCAUUCGGCUCCAGCUGGACGAAGAGGUCAAGCUGAACGAAUGCGAAAACGCCUGGCGUCCAAGCCACCUGCAGCAAAACGAUAAUCUCGACGAAGUUCAGAAGAAAACCCAGGAACUGUUCAAGAAAUUCCGCUCCGUACUGAACAAACUGACCCCGGAAAACUUUGAAAAGCUGGUCCAGCAGGUAAAAUCCUUCGUGAUAGACACCGACGAACGAUUGGACGGUUGCAUCAAGCUGGUCUUCGAGAAAGCCAUCUCCGAACCGAACUUCUCCGAAGCAUACGCCAAAAUGUGCAAAGAGAUCGGAACGAUAGCGGUCGUGGCGUCAUCCGAGAAGCGCGUCCUCAGUUUCAAGAGCCGCCUGUUGGCGCAAUGUCAGGCGGAAUUCGAGCUCCGGCGAAACGAUCAGACCUGUGCCAUUCGUGACAGUCGCAUCAAACUGGAAGCGAACAAGAAUCUGGCCAAGCAGCAAUUCGAAGAACUGAAGGCACAACUCGAGGAAGACGAGCAGAAGGUGCGACGAAGAGCCGUCGGAACCGUACGGUUUAUCGGUGAACUGUACAAGCACGGUCAGCUGACCUCCAGCAUCAUGCACAGCUGUAUCAAACUGCUGAUCGACAAUGAUAGCCGAGCCUACGACGAGGAAACGUUGGAAUGCCUGUGCAAGCUUCUGACCACCAUCGGUUGCAAGAUGGAGAAGGAGAAUGAACAAGACUUGCGUCCCUACUUUGACAAGAUGGGAGAAAUCGUUCGAAACAAGGAUAAAUUCCGAAUCAGCAGUAGGAUUCGGUUCAUGAUUCAGGAUGUGAUCGAUUUACGUCGGAACGUUUGGCAGCCCAGGCGGCAGGAUCUCAAUCCGAAGACGAUGAACCAGAUCCAGAAGGAAGCCGAGACUGAACAGCUUCAAAUCAACAUGAGCUACGUUCCACGAGAUAUGGGAGGUCGUGGAGGUCGGGGUAACAUGCAAGGCGGUGGUUCUAAAAUGUCCGGAUCGAUGGGUUCCGGCGGCGGCUAUGGCCAGGGAUCGCUCGGACGGGGCGGCAACCAAAGUUCGAUGAAGGGCGGCCGAAUGCAAACCGACGACGACGGAUUCCAGCAAAUUUCGAACAAUCGAAACAACCGACAACAGCAGAUGCAGAUUGAUCCCAAGAAGAUCAACAUUCCAAGCAACUUGGACAUUACAGCACGGCUCGGAUCGGCGGCAAGCUAUCAGGGCUGGAAUAAGAACAAUAACAACAUGUUUGCCGCUCUCAACAACGAAGAGAACCAGAGCGGCGGAGGCGGCAGCAGCAUGAUGGAUCGCGAUGGCGAUCGGGACCGAAGGGAUCGGGACCGUGGCGGUGAUCGUGACCGAAAUCAGCGUGAUCGAGAUCGCGAUCGGGAUCGCAGCGGUAGUCAUAACAAGAACUCCGGAAGCUACCACAAAGGAUCGAUGGAGCGGGAGCGGUACAACCGGUACGGUAGCAGUAGUAGUCAAAACGAUGAUCGAAUGAACCGAUCGUCGCGUGAACCGUCAUCGGGCAGCAUGAGAGGUCCUAUGGGUGGCCAGCACAGCAAUAACCAAAUGCAUGAUCGAGACCGUGAUCGAGAUCGUGGCAAAAUGCCACCACAACAGCAACAGCCUUCGUCGAUGCAGGGACGAUCGUCACAGCAGCGACAUAUUCCACAGCCAACAGCUCCUCUACCAAGUAAAAUGGGUCCACCAACAGCUGGCAGUGCGAUAACGAAGUCCGGCUCUGGCCAUUUGUACCAACAGCAACAACUGCCUCAGUUUGCUAUACCAAAAGACGUCCCAACCCGGAGAAGCUUCCCAACUCCCGACGAGGAAACCGAAGCAGAGAUACAGAAAUUCUCCAAAUUCUGGAACUUGGAAAGGGAUCAAACGGAAAUCGAAGGAAUUGUCCAGGUGCUCAAAGACUUCAACAUCAAUCCCGAAUACUAUCAUGCUGCCAUCACACAACUGCUCAUGGACAACAUCGAGCGGGAUUCUAAAAUCCGCGAUUUGGUUGCUCUUGUCUUGUCCCAGAUGUUCGAAAAGAAGGUCAUCACCAAGGCCGACUACUUGCACGCCCUCGAGGAAAUGUUCAACAUGGCCGAUGAUCUGAUCAUCGAUAUACCUCAGCUGUUCAAGUACCUUGCCUCGUUCUAUGUGACACUCCUGAAGCAGCGACACAUCAGCUUGAGCGAUGUCCGGAAUGCGGCCCAAAGUGUCCUGCAGAAGUCCGGUGCUACAGUGUUGAAAGAACUUCUUCUCCAAUACGAAGCCCUUUACGGCAAGGAUGCGACCGUCAUGCUGUGGUGCGAGUCAUCCCUGAAUCCGACCGAUUUCAUCAAACUGGGCAGCCCCGAAGCGGCUGAGAAAUAUCUGACUGAGGCCAAACUGGGCUACCUGCUCGAUUCCAACAGCAAGUCCCUCGACAUGGCAACCGUUGACUCCCAAAUCAAAGAUUUCCUGAAAGCGAAUGUCAAGUUUAUGGACAUCUACAACUGGAUCUCCAGCUACGUUGGACCGGAACGUAAAACCUCCAAUGAGUUCAUCCGAACUCUCACGAAGGCCGUGCUAGAGCACUGUAUAGAUAACAAAACAAAACUGAACGUUACGGAAUUCACCAAGUGGUUCCCAAUCCUCCAGAAGUACAUCGACGGCAAACCGGAACGGGAACUGCAGGCGAUGUACGCCAUCCAGCGGUUAGUGGUCGAGCUGGAACAUCCGCAGAGCCUUCUACACUCCAUGCUGGAGCAACUGUACCAAAAUGAUGUGAUAAUGGAGGGAAUCACCCUCUGGGUGGAUUCAGAGGACCCACUCGAGGCAUCAGGCAAGGGAGUCUGCCUGAAGGGAAUCACGCAGUUCAUGACGGUGUUCAUGGAGAAUUCGAGCGACGAGGAAAACUAAUUCUGAACAUGUUUUUUUUUUAAACGCGUACAUAUUUGACUAAAGGAAAAACAUUAUUAUACCUACUAUGGAUAAUUGAUAAAAAUAUAAUGAAUAAAAUUAACGUUAAGAACAACAUUUAUUUACAUAUAUAUUUAUAAAUUAUCAAAUAAAGUAUCUGGUGAACCACAAAA